CGAAAGCGGAGCAGGGGAUGGGCUCUCCCCUUCACAGAUAAUGGGAGGAGCCCGGCCGGGGGGGAGUUCUUUCCUUUCGGCGCUGCGGCCGCAGCCAUGAGCAUGCUCAGGCUUCAGAAGAGGCUUGCCUCCAGUGUCCUCCGCUGCGGCAAAAAGAAGGUCUGGUUGGACCCCAACGAGACCAAUGAAAUCGCCAAUGCCAACUCCCGUCAGCAGAUCCGAAAACUGAUCAAAGAUGGGCUGAUCAUCCGGAAGCCUGUGACUGUCCAUUCCCGGGCUCGGUGCCGUAAAAACACUUUGGCCCGCCGGAAGGGCAGACAUAUGGGCAUUGGUAAGAGAAAAGGUACUGCCAAUGCUCGGAUGCCUGAGAAGGUCACCUGGAUGAGGAGGAUGAGAAUUCUGCGCCGGCUGCUCAGAAGAUACCGUGAAUCUAAGAAGAUCGACCGCCACAUGUACCACAGCCUGUACCUGAAAGUGAAGGGGAACGUGUUCAAGAACAAGCGGAUUCUCAUGGAACACAUCCACAAGCUGAAGGCUGACAAGGCUCGCAAGAAGCUUCUGGCUGACCAGGCUGAGGCCCGCAGAUCUAAGACCAAGGAGGCUCGCAAGCGCCGUGAAGAGCGGCUCCAGGCCAAGAAGGAGGAAAUCAUCAAGACUCUGUCCAAGGAGGAAGAGACAAAGAAAUAAAACUCCCUCUCUUUUGUCUGUACAUAAAGGCCUCAGCAGGAACACAGAUCAGUUACUCAAUAAAGCCAACCUUCAUCUGCUUC